GAAUGUGAACAAAAAAGUACAGAAAAUUGUCCUGCAGAUACCUCACUUCGUCACUAUUAGUAUUGCAUUGUAUCAAUCAACUAUCAUUGGUCAACAUCCCCAUAUGCUUCAUUCUCAAAAAUGGAGAAAGGUCACCGAUCAAAGAUCAUGAAAUAAGUCAACCAUUACUUAUUAAGUAGCAAGCUUUGCCUAACAAAGGUCAACAUCCUGUUAACAUACUUAUUACACAGACAGGAAUAACAGCAACAGUUACUUCAAGUAAACUUAUUGUGGGCCUGCAGAAAUCAGUAAGCACAUUCUGCUAGUAUAAACACAGUGGACUAGCAAACACUGUAUAAGAUGGCACCUAGAGCUGUGGUGCUUUUGUUCCUUCUGUUAGUAGAUCUCAGCUAUGAAGCUGUUCCUAUAGGGGUCAGGAACAGGCUGGGAGAGACCGAGGAAGCUGAUCACACUACAACAGCCUCUUGCACAUCGACAUGCUGCUCGUCCAGUUCGGACCAGGCGCUGGAACACCUGCUGCAGUACCUGCACACACAGGACCACCUGGAGACCACUGUGCAGGAACUACAGGGCAAGGCUGAUGUUCUUCAGGCACAGGUCAACGAACUCAAUCAGAAUGAGCAGAGUGCAUACCUUGCUGAACAGGACCUAAGGGCAGCAAUAGCUACCCUUCAGAAUACUGUCACCAACCAGGAUGCCCUGAUGGAACAGCAGGACAGCACCAUCCAGCAACAGGCUGCAGCUUUACAGCAACUCCAGGGAACCAUACAGCAACAAGCUGCCCUGAUACAGCAGCAGGACAGCACAAUUACACAGAUGCAGGCUCUCCUGGCACAGCUGGCCAACAAAGUGAACGGUCCCCGUGACUGCCUGGAGCUGUUGAACACCGGCCACACCACCAGUGAUGUCUACACCAUCUACCCAGAUGGAGGGGGGAAGAGCCCCAUCCAUGUGUACUGUGACAUGGACACUGAUGGGGGCGGAUGGACGCUCUUCCAAAAGCGUCAGGAUGGUUCAGUGGAUUUCUACCUGGACUGGCAGGCAUACAAGACAGGGUUUGGGGACCUGAGAGGAGAGUUCUGGCUAGGCAAUGACAACCUACACCGACUGACAUCCCAGGGUAUGUAUGAGCUGAGGGUGGAGCUGGAGGACUUUGACAGCAACACAACCUUUGCCGAAUACAGCACAUUCAGGGUGGAAGAUGAGAUGCACAAGUACAAGCUAUCUCUUCAGGGGUUCUCUGGAACUGCAGGUGAUGGCAUGGCCAACCACAACAACAUGUACUUCUCCACCAAGGACAGAGACAAUGAACAGCACGGUUAUGACUGUGCUGACAAGUAUAAGGGAGCAUGGUGGUACGGAGACCGCAUCUGCCACCGGUCCAACCUGAACGGACAGUACCAUGCCGGGGCCCACCAGUCCUUUGCUGAUGGAAUCAACUGGCAGCCGUGGUUGGGAAACAACUACUCCCUGAAGCGUACUGAGAUGAAGAUUAGGCCAAACUAGAUUUCAUCACUAUUCGGUUAUCAAUAAAGUAUCAAAGUCAAGAAA